AUGGGCACUGUAAAGAAGCAACAACCUAAGCAAGCCAAGUUUGAUAAAAGUGCAACAAACCAACUACAACCCCAGCAAAAACAGCAGCAUGCAAUAGCUAGCACUCCCAAAGAUCAUACUGGGAGCUUGUCCUACGCAGAUAUUGCAAGAAAUGGCAAUACAACAGCCCAGCCUCGUCUACAUAAUGUACAAUUAAAGGGAACUAAUAUUAAGCAGCAACACCCGCUUGACGUUCAGUCAAUAUUGGCACAGCAACAGGAACAAUUUAUGAAGUGGCAGCAACAGCUUCAACAGCAACAACAGCAGCAAUUCCUAUCGUGGCUACAGCAGCAGCAACAGGAGCAACAACAACAAAACAAGUUGAAUAGUCAACGACUCGAAAGGCUGGAAAAAAUUGUUUUUGAAAUGGCCAAUAUGCUGAAGCAACGGACUGGGGAUACAUCGGCUCCCCAACUCCAUAGUAACGCUUUACCAUCGCAAUGA